UUAACUCCAUUAAAACAAUUUGUAUGUAUAUCAAUUAAUUUUAUUUCUAAUUCUCUUAAAAAAAAUAAGAGAUUCACGUUUAGAAUACGAUAUCGGCCGUGACUUUAUCUAAAAAAUUUGUUCGGAAUUUACGGCUAAACUUCCGUUGGCUGGCAUUAAGCCAUAUCAACCGUUCGAUUGGUGACUAAUGAAUAUAAAUCUGUGAUCCUCUUCUGAUCGACACAUUCAACGGCUGGCAAUCCGUUAAUCAAUAAUUUUCUGGUCAAUAAGACAACAUGUGAACCGGAGCUUCCCAUUCAAUGAGGAACGAAAAAAAAGUCAACUUUACUACGCGUACCACCCUCUUCAAAUAGCUCCGUAGUAGUUUCCAAAUUGAAGCAGCGUCUUUGUGAUCACCACCUUUGUGUUGUUUUCAAUCAGUCUGAUCAAAUCCUCUCUAAGGAAAAAAAAAAAUGGGUUUUUUUGCAAAGAAAGGUCCAUCUGGGUUCUCGUCUUGCUCUACAGCUGAGGAAGUUACCCAAGGAAUUGAUGGAACUGGCCUCACAGCCAUUGUUACAGGAGCGUCAAGUGGUAUUGGCGUAGAGACCGCACGUGUCCUUGCCUUGCGUGGUGUACAUGUGGUUAUGGCUGUACGAAAUGUGGAUGCUGGAACAAAGAUUAAAGAAGCAAUACUUCAGAAAAACCCCACUUCUAAACUUGAGGUUAUGGAGUUAGAUCUGAGUUCAAUGGAAUCUGUCAGAAAAUUUGCAACCGAGUAUAACUCCUCGCGUCUUCCCCUGAAUAUCCUCGUUAACAAUGCAGGUAUCAUGGGUCCUCCUUUCAAGCUUUCCAAAGACAACGUAGAACUGCAAUUUGCAACUAACUAUCUAGGCCAUUUUCUGUUGACAAAUCUUUUGUUGGAGAACAUGAAAAAUACUGCACGUGAAAGCCACAAAGAAGGAAGGAUUGUUAAUGUUGCAUCAGACGGUUAUAAGAUCACUUAUCCUGAAGGAAUUCGUUUUGAUAAAAUUAAUGAUAAAAAAAGUUACAAGGAUUUUCCUGCUUAUGGACAAUCAAAGCUUGCUAACAUAUUGCAUGCCAAUGAGCUAGCAAGGUGCUUCAAGGAAGAAGGGGUGGAUAUUACUGCUAAUUCACUUCAUCCUGGAGCUAUUUCCACUAAUAUUAUGCGUCACCACAGCAUUAUGCAUGGCUUGUCUAAUUUGAUUGGUAAAUUUGUGCUAAAAAGUAUUGCACAGGGAGCGGCAACUACAUGCUAUGUGGCACUGCAUCCACAAGUUAAGGGUAUAAGUGGUGAGUAUUUUUCAGACAGUAAUGUAGCUAAAACGGUCACCUCUCAUGCUAAAGAUGCAGAAUUGGCAAAGAAACUAUGGGAUUUCAGCGCGAGCUUGACACAGCCCAAGUAGCUUGGAUGACAGCGUUACUGAGUUGAUCGAUGAAAUGCCUUUUCCAAUCGUCAUGUCUUUUAUAGUUGUGAAGCUGUUGUGUAAUAUUCUUUGAAAAAUCUGGAAGUUUGUUAGUAGUUUGUUUGUUCAUUGUGAGCUUGAAAAUAUGUAAAACAGUUAGAGUGGAUCCUCCUUUGUUUUUUGUAUGUGUGUGUGUCUUUUUUCUUUCUGGGUUUGUUAAGCAUAAUAAAGAGUGGAAAUUUGAUUACAAAGAUGGGGCUGUUGUUUUGUAAUUAUAUGGAAAAGUUAGAAUUGAGGCUUGUUAUCUUAUCCCAAUGGUCACUCCACAGCCAUUCAUGUUGUAUGCUGUAUUGAAGCUACUAA